ACCCGUAGUUGUGAACUUUGACGCGGCUGGUCCCAGGAAGUUGGACGCAUGCGCCGUUUCUCUGCAUGGUGUGUGUUCUUAUUCUAGCUGCGGCUGCAGGAGCUGUGGCGGUUUUCCUAAUCCUGCGAAUAUGGGUAGUGCUUCGUUCCAGGGACGUUACGCCCCGGGAGUCUCUCAGUAUCUUGGUAGUGGCUGGGUCCGGUGGCCAUACCACCGAGAUCCUGAGGCUGCUUGGGAGCUUGUCCAAUGCCUACUCACCUAGAUAUUAUGUCAUUGCUGACACUGAUGAAAUGAGUGCCAAUAAAAUAAAUUCUUUUGAACUAGAUCGAGCUGAUAGAGACCCUAGUAACAUGGACUUUUCAGUCGUGUGGCAUUCACUAAAUAAUAAAUUAUACCAAAUACUACAUUCACCGAAUUCCAAGAAGCCGGGAGGUUCAGCAGUCCUGGCCCUCCACCGUUUUCACCACCUUGCACUCCAUGUGGCUCUCCUUUCCCCUGAUUCACCGGGUGAAGCCAGAUUUGGUGUUGUGUAACGGACCAGGAACAUGUGUUCCUAUCUGUGUAUCUGCCCUUCUCCUUGGGAUACUAGGAAUAAAGAAAGUGAUCAUUGUCUACGUUGAAAGCAUCUGCCGUGUAGAAACAUUAUCCAUGUCCGGAAAGAUUCUGUUUCAUCUCUCAGAUUACUUCAUUGUUCAGUGGCCAGCUCUGAAAGAAAAGUAUCCCAAAUCUGUGUACCUUGGGCGAGUUGUCUGACAAAUGGCAACUGACUUCUUUAGAAUUUUGCAGUUAACAGUAGUAUGUACUCAAGUUGGGGGGAAAAACCCUACAUGUUUCUUGUAAAGGCGUCUGACAGUCCUGAGAACUAUUGAUGGUAAGGAAUAAAAAAUGUACAGAUGACUCAGUGAAGAAACUGAGGCUUCUCUUAUGAAACAAACAUUGAUAAACGUAACUACUAAAUGUUUAUGCCUCUGUAAACCAAAUUUCUUUUCUAGAUAAAAAUAUGUAUUACUACCUGCAAAUUUU